AUGGAGGAGAUUAAAGGAAAAUUCAACAAUAGCAUUAUUUAUGCUUAUGAAGGUUAUACUUCUAAUGUCGAUAAACGUCAACGAACACAUACAUAUAGAUGCUCUACUCGUCGUACAACUGGAUGUCGUGCAUUGGCAAAAAUCGGUGAAGAUGGCAAAAUUAUCGUUAAUCCUUUCCAUAACCAUGCACCUGAUAAUGCAAGAAUACAAAAACAUGGAUUAAAACAAGAGAUGUUACGUGCCUUACUUAUACCAUUCAAGUCGAUUAGAAGCCAACUUAAUAGAGAACGAAUAAAGAGCAGGCCAAAAUUGCCACAAUCCAUAGCUAUGCUAGCUGAUCAGUUAAAAUAUUACACAUCAAUAAACCACAUUUAUAAGGGAUGUGUAACUGCAAGUGAUGGGAAAAAAGCAUUACUCUUCUCCAAUGAUAAAUUGCUCCAGGCACUUGAGUCAUCCUCUGAAAUUUUCUGUGACGGGACCUUUUCUGUUGUUCCACGAGUUCCUUCCUUUAGUCAACUUUACACAGUUCAUACGCGUUAUAUGGAUAAGGUUAUAGCGGUAGUAUUUAUUUUAUGCGAAGCUCGUACCACAGCCCUGUAUGAAAAAACUUGGUCGAAAAUAAUAGGUCUUGUUCCUAAUCUGUUAGUGAACAUAAAAUUUAUCAUGACAGAUUACGAAUGGGCAGCAAUAAGUGCAAUGGAAAAAAACUUUGCAAAUGCUACUAUACAUGGAUGCUGGUUUCAUUUGAACCAGGCUUUACGAAGAAAAUGGAAUCAUUUAGGUUUACAACAUUCCUCGAGCAUCAUACUAUCUAUGGCAAUGACAAUACCAUUGCUAGCAGAACAAUAUUUUACACAAGGUUAUCAUAUAUUGCGCAAUAAUUGGGAAGAAACAAAUCCUAACUGUAACAGAUUAAAGGAAUUCUUGACUUACUUUGAAAGGACGUGGUUAUCCAAAGCUCCAAAAGUAAGCGUAUACAAGUGUCCGGUUAGAACAAAUAAUGCAGUUGAAAGUUUCCAUAAUGUACUAAAUAAAAAAUUGGGUGGUCAACAUCGAAAUGUGUGGAUGUUUCUAG